CUCGUCUGACUGCAUCCUACAAAGGAAUAGGACAACGACGUAAAGCUGCUUUAUGAUGGGGUGCGACAAAGUUAUCACCUACCUGAGGAUCUGCGGGACAACGCUGUUCGGGGUCUCGCUGCUUGUCGGGAUCUCCACCGCCUACAUCAUGGGCUACCAGUUUUUCACAACUGCACACAACUACUUCUCUUUCGGGCUUUACGGGGCCAUUUUGGUCACCCACCUCAUCAUCCAGAGCCUGUUCGCUCUGCUGGAGCACCGGAAAAUGAAGAGGUCCCUGGAGACGCCCAUCAAGCUGAACAAAUCGCUCGCCCUGUGCAUCGCUGCCUACCAGGAAGACCCCAACUACCUGCGUAAGUGCCUGAUCUCGGUCAAGCGGCUGACCUACCCGGGGAUAAAGGUGAUCAUGGUCAUUGACGGGAAUAAUGAGGACGAUACCUACAUGAUGGAGAUCUUCCGCGAUGUCAUGGGGAGGGACAAGGCCGCCACAUACGUCUGGAAGAGCAACUACCACAGCCGGGGACCAGACGAGAGCGACGAGGCCUACCUGGAGAGCCUGCAGCAUGUGUCUCGCCUGGUGCUGAACAACAAGUGCAUCUGCAUCAUGCAGAAGUGGGGCGGCAAGCGGGAGGUCAUGUACACGGCCUUCAAAGCCCUGGGGAGGAGCGUGGACUAUGUGCAGGUGUGCGACUCAGACACCAUGCUGGACCCAGCAUCCUCAGUGGAAAUGGUGAAGGUUCUGGAGGAGGAUCCCAUGGUGGGUGGAGUCGGGGGAGAUGUACAGAUUCUGAACAAGUACGAGUCGUGGAUCUCAUUCCUCAGCAGCGUGCGGUACUGGAUGGCCUUCAACAUUGAGAGGGCGUGCCAAUCCUACUUCGGCUGUGUCCAGUGCAUCAGCGGACCCCUGGGGAUGUACAGGAACUCUCUCCUGCAUGAGUUCCUGGAGGACUGGUACAACCAGACCUUCAUGGGCAGCCACUGCAGCUUUGGGGAUGACCGUCACCUCACCAACCGCGUCCUCAGCCUGGGCUAUGCCACCAAGUACACCGCCAGGUCCAAGUGCUUGACCGAGACCCCGAUCACCUACCUGCGCUGGCUGAACCAGCAGACCAGGUGGAGCAAAUCCUACUUCCGCGAGUGGCUGUACAACGCCAUGUGGUUCCACAAGCACCACCUGUGGAUGACCUACGAGGCUGUCAUCACUGGCUUCUUCCCAUUCUUCCUCAUCGCCACCGCCAUCCAGCUCUUCUUCCAGGGCAGGAUCUGGAACAUCCUCCUCUUCCUGCUGAUCGUGCAGGGGGUGGCGCUCAUCAAGUCCUCCUUCGCCAGCUGCCUCCGGGGCAACAUUGUCAUGAUCUUCAUGUCCUUCUACUCAGUGUUAUACAUGUCCAGCCUGCUGCCGGCCAAGAUGUUUGCCAUCGCAACUAUAAACAAGGCCGGCUGGGGGACAUCGGGGAGGAAGACCAUCGUGGUGAACUUCAUCGGCCUCGUUCCAAUAUCGGUCUGGUUCACCAUCCUGUUCAUCGGCAUCAUCUUCACGGUCGUCCAGGAGACGCGGAAACCCUUCCCAGAGUCGGAAAAGAUAGUCUUAAUCAUUGGUGCAAUAGUGUACGCCAGCUACUGGGUCAUGCUGUUGACUCUGUACGUGGUCCUGAUCGCCAAGUGUGGCAAGAGGAAGAAAGAGCAACAAUAUGACAUGGUGCUCGAUGUAUAAUGUCCCCCCCUGCCCCCUCACCCUCCCCUCUUCCUUACCC